GGGGCGGGGCCUAUCGGCCGCGCCGGUGCCGGUCCCGGAGCGGAGCGGCUGCGGCAAUGGCAGCGGCCGCCCGGAGGGGCCCCGUCCCCGGCGGGGAGAAGCGGAUCCUGUGCGUGGGGCUGGUGUGCCUGGACAUCAUCAGCGUGGUGGAGGCGUAUCCUGCCGAGGACUCCGACAUCAGGUGCAUGUCGCAGCGAUGGCAGCGGGGCGGGAAUGCCUCCAACUCCUGCACGGUGCUGGCGCUGCUGGGAGCCCCCUGCGCCUUCAUGGGCUCGCUGGCCACUGGGCACGCUGCUGAUUUCAUUGUGGCGGAUUUCCGGCGCCGGGGUGUGGAUGUGACGCACGUGGCCUGGCAGCCCAGUGGGGACGUGCCCUGCGCCUGCUGUGUUGUCAGUGUCGCCAGCGGCACCCGGACCAUCGUGCUCUACGACACGAACCUGCCAGAUGUGACGCCCCGUGACUUUGAGCAGGUUGACCUCUCCCAGUACAAGUGGAUCCACUGGGAGGCUCGUAACGCAGCGGAGCAGGCGGUGAUGAUGCAGCGGGUGGAGCAGCACAACCGGGCCCGGCCGCCGGAGGACCGGGUCCGCACGUCGGUGGAGCUGGAGAAGCCGCGGGAGGAGCAUUUGCUGCUGAUGGGGCUGGGCGACGUGGUGUUCAUCAGCAAGGACUUGGCCCAGCACUUUGGGUACCGGUCGGCCCCCGAGGCGCUGCAGGGGUUGCGCAGCCGCGUCCAGCCAGGCGCCACACUGAUCUGCGCCUGGGCUGAGGAGGGGGCCGAUGCCAUAGGGCCAGGUGGGGAGCUGGUGCACUCGGAUGCCUUCCCCCCAGAGACCCUCGUGGACACACUGGGGGCUGGGGACACCUUCAAUGCUGCUGUCAUCUUUGCACUCUCAGCAGGGAAGACUCUGCAGGAUGCCAUUACCUUCGGCUGCCGCAUUGCAGGCAGGAAAUGUGGGAUCCAGGGCUUCGAUGGCAUCGUUUAAGCUAAGCACCCAUUCCCAUGCCCUGCCCCAUGCCACUGCCCGCACAUCUGGCACCCCCAACCCCACUGCCAAUAAACCCCCGCACUGA